GUAACUUUCUUUUGCAGACAGGAGAUAGCAAAUUAUAGGGGCUAGAGAAAAAAGGUCUUAUUACGAAAUUUACGUUCUAGAAUCAAUAUUCAAACAUGAUCUUGUUAUGCCAUAGAAAUAACUAAAGUAUAUUUGGAUUGUAAUAUUUAUUUUAUUGCCAGUUAUUACACCAUACGGUUCAUUUCCCAUUGCUUCUUUUUAUUAACAUAACUACGAAAGAUAGCUACGAAAUCCCGCAAAUUACGCGUAAGUGCAGCGUAAAUGUCUCUAGAAAUUCACUGGCAAUUAUGACGCACUUUUGCGCAGUUGAUUGCCGUCUGCGCGUCUGCGCCACGUGCUCGUUGUUUGUGGUGUUAGGUGUGUUUUUUGGACAGGCAGCAAUAUAUCCAAGGCGCUAUAUCAAUAUAAUAUAUCUAUUUAGUAUUUAUUCGGGCAUAUUUUGAGUCUGACUCUUCGAGAAUGGCUGAUACAUCGGAAGAUAAAAUAGAGGUGACCGAGAAUGAAGAAUGGAAAACAGCAGCCAAAGGUAAAAAGAGGAAGCGGGCCAAUACAGAGAAAAUGGACGAUGAGGCUGCUGAGCAAGGAUCAGCCAUGGAUGUAUCUCAACGUCCCUACUUUCCACCAGUAAAGAAGGAGAAGCUGCAGAACGGCACAGAAGUUCGCAAAAUACCAGUACCUGCACACAGAUACACACCGUUGAAGGAGAACUGGAUGAAGAUAUUCACACCAGUUGUGGAGCAACUGAACCUCCAGAUAAGAUUCAACCUCAAAAUCAGGAACGUGGAAAUUCGGACAUGUAAGGAGACCACCGACGUAUCGAACCUUCAGAAGGCAGCUGACUUUGUGCGCGCCUUCAUCCUCGGCUUUGAGGUGGACGACGCCCUGGCGCUUCUCCGUCUCGAUGACAUCUUCAUCGACUCAUUCGACAUUCAGGACGUAAAACAGCUGAAAGGAGAUCACCUGUCUCGCGCCAUCGGUCGGCUGGCUGGCAAGAACGGCAAGACCAAGUUCACGAUCGAGAACCAGACACGGACGCGGAUCGUGGUGGCCGAUCACCGGGUGCAUAUUCUGGGCGCCUUCUCCAACACGGCUGCCGCCCGGCGCGCCCUCUGCGAGCUGAUCCUCGGGAGCCCGCCUUCCAAGGUAUUCGGUCACAUCAGAAAUGUGGUUGUGACGUAACAUCUCAGCUUCUUCUAUCGAUGGACAUUUUUUUUCUUGUUUCGCCCGAUACCGAAAGGAAUAUUCAACACGAAAUGUCGGGCAGCCGGACUGCGCGUCGAGCCGUGCUGGUGUGGUGGCACAAUAGAGGAGCUCCAGAAUGUGGCCUUCGCCUGGACACGUCAGCAUGAGGAUCUUUUACUGCCGUGUCGGUGUUACUGGGAAUGUGAACGUUAUGUCGAAAACGCCGACAUUAUCCGUUGGGACAUCGGGCAUAUGUUCGUGUGUAUGUGCUCAUGAGAUGAUUAUGAACAUGAUUCGAACGUUGAAUGUAAUACAUUAACCAUCGGGUCAUC